CUGGGCAUCUACCUGGCUGCCCUCCUGGGCAACGGCCUCAUCAUCACAGCCGUAGCCUGUGACCACCGCCUCCACGCUCCCAUGUACUUCUUCCUCCUCAACCUCUCCCUCCUUGACAUUGGCACCAUCUCUGUUACUGUCCCCAAAUCCAUGGUCAAUUCUCUGUUGGACACCAGGGUCAUUUCCUACACAGGAUGUGUUGCCCAGGUCUUUUUCCUCUUUCUCUUAUGCUCAGCAGAGUGUUUUCUCCUCACAGUCAUGGCAUAUGACCGUUUUGUUGCCAUCUGCAAACCCCUGCACUACCGGACCCUCAUGGGCAGCAGAACUUGUGUCCAAAUGGCAGCAGCUGCCUGGGGUGGUGGUUUUCUCUAUGCUGUCCUGCACACUGCUAAUACAUUUUCAAUACCACGCUGCCAAGGCAAUGCCAUAGACCAGUUCUUCUGUGAAGUUCCCCAGAUCCUCAAGCUCUCCUGCUCAGACUUCUACCUCAGGGCAGUUGGGUUGUUUGUGGCUACUCUUUCUGUAGUUUUUGGAUCUCAGGAUCUAGUGGUGGCUGUUCUGUACGCGGUGAUAACUCCAGGAGCAAAUGUUCUCAUCUACAGCUUUAGGAACAAGGAGCUCAAGAGUGCACUGAAGAAACUGAUUCAGUUGGUACUAGUUCAGCGGCAAUAA